AUGCUUUUUAAGCAAAAUCCUUUCUUUGCUUUAGCUAUUGCUAUUGUUACAGCUGCGGCGGCUGCGGCGGCUAUACUACGCACUCUUACCUCUAAAGCUUCGCCUUUUCUUUUAAACCUUUUUAUUAAGCGCUUGCUUAUGCUAACGACCGUUAAAGCUUUAAGGUGUAUCAAGUGCAUCAAUAAUAAGAUUAUAUCGAAGUCUAAUAGAAACUGCUAUAAUUGCGAUACGAGCGUUAUACGCUAUCUCCGGUGUGCUAAAAGUAACUAUAGCAAUUGUACCGCUGCUUUUGCCGCUGCUAAUACCGCUUUCGAUAACUUCGUAAGCGCUAAAAACAAUAAUGCUAUACAAAGAGUUCGCCGAAGUCUCCGAGAUGCUAUACGACAACAGCUCGCUUUAAAUGCUGCUUUUUUAAAAGGUGCUGCUAAUAGUACGAGCGGUCUAGCGAGUAGAAGUAAAGGUUUUAAAAGUAGUCCCGAUAGCUUUGCAAGUUUUGCUUUUGCUUUUAAGACCUUUAAUUUAAAUAUAGCUUUUAUUAAAUUAAAUAGUCUUAUAGCAGCGAAUCGUGGUCCGGUAAUUCGAAGCGCCUCGACCCUUGCGCUUGCGCUAGCCGUUUUUAUUGCUUCCGUCGCUUUCGCAGCUCUUGUCGCAUUUAUUAUCGUCGCUCUUUUUACGCUAGUUAUUGCGCUUGCCGCUCUCGCGGCGGCGCUCGCCGUUGCUAUAACUCUUAUAAAGCGCUAA